AUGACUCUCCAGCAGGACACCCCGUCUGUUUUAAACAGCACCAGCUCGUCGAGCCCUUCGGCCAAGGCUGGAAAGAAGGAAACCUGGGAAGAGAUAGGAGCGCGGAAAAGGGCAGCUCUCCUAGCCUCCAUACCAGAGGAGUGGCGCGUCCCAGCGGGGCUGCUGCCUCCAGACUCACAAGACGACGUGACCGGAUGGCCGGCGACUUGCGGAUGGUUCACUGCUGAAGAGCUUGCCAUCACCGAGCUCUCCGCUUCCGAGCUCGUCCCAAAACUCGCAUCUGGCGCGCUCAAGUCCGUGGUCGUCACCCGGGCGUUUUGCAAGAGGGCAGCGGCUGCUCACCAGCUUACGAACUGUCUCUCGGAAACGUGCUUUGCUCGCGCCCUCGAAACAGCCGAGGCUCGUGACGAGCAUUUGGCCCGCACGGGGAAGCCGGUGGGGCCUCUGCACGGGCUGCCUGUGUCGUUGAAGGAUAACUUCAACCUUAAGGGCCUCGAUGCCACCGUGGGCUUCGCAAGCCACGUCGACGACCCGGCCGCGUACGACUCCACGCUGGCAACCAUACUAGAAGACGCAGGCGCCGUGUUCUACGUCAAGACCAACGUUCCCACCGCCAUGAUGAUUGCCGAGUCGGUGAACAACGUUUUCGGCCGCACGGUCAACCCUCGUAACAGGCAGGUGACCUCGGGCGGGAGCAGCGGCGGCGAGUCGGCCUUGAUCGCGUUCAAGGGCAGCUGCCUUGGCGUUGGCACUGACAUCGGUGGGAGUCUUCGGAUCCCCGCGGCUUGCACGGGGAUAUUCACGCUGAAGCCCAGCUUCGGGCGCUUCCCGACACUCAAAUGCCGAAGCGGCAUGAGCGGCCAGGAAGCAGUGCAGAGCGUCAACGGACCCCUGGCGAGGACCAUCGACGACAUCAUCCUCGAGGCCAAGACGGUCGUGGACGCACAGCCGUGGCUUCAUGAUCCGCGCAUGGUUCCUCUCCCGUGGAGGGACGUGACCCUGCCCGAGAAGCUGAAGAUCGCCGUGAUGUGGAACGACGGCAUCGUCACCCCGACGCCUCCCGUCUCGCGAGCUCUUCGGACCACUGUGGAAAAGCUGCAGGCCGCCGGGCACGAGAUCGUGGCUUGGGACCCCAAGGACCAGGCCCAGGGGGUGCGCCUCCUGGGGCGCAUGUUCGUCGCAGACGGGGCCAUUUCCAUCCGCAAGGAGCUCGACCGUACCGGAGAGCCCGUCCGCCCCGAAAUGCAGAUGUACGCAGACGCCAAGGAGCUCGGCACGUACGACAUGUGGCAGCUCCACCUCGAGAGGACAGAGUUCCAGAAGCGUUACCUGGACAGGUGGAAUGAUGCGGGUAUUGACGCCAUUCUUUGCCCCACGACUCCCUACAGCUCCGUGCGGAACGGGGAUUUCAAAUAUGGCAAGUAA